AUAUGGCUACUACACAAAGUUCUGAUCCGGACUUUAGCCAUCUUACCGCCGAACAGCGUUCCAAGGUGAUGGACCACCUUAACGAACUACAGUACCGUGAUACGCUAGAAACAUACAAUGGAAUGGUUGAAAAGUGUUUUAAUGAAUGUAUCAGUUCAUUUAGAAGCAAGGAACUCGACAAACGUGAGAACGCGUGCGUGGAAUCCUGCGUUAAGAUGUUCUUCGAAUUUUCCCAGAGAAUAGGUCAACGAUUCGCAGAGAAGCAACAGCAAAAGCCUUAA